UCCUAAAACAAAUCUUAUUAAUGAAAAAGCAUAGUUUGGAAUAUAAAUACAAGUUCGUGCGAUGUUUAUAUUAAACUUGUCUACAAUUUUUAAUAUCACGCAAGAAAAUCCGGUUUGCAAUAUGCUUGUCGCUGUGUGGUUUCCUCUUGGCAAAUGAUCUCAAGUGACUAACAUAUGCUGGUUUUCCCCUACUAGUACUUUUAAUCCUAACCUGACGUUCUUACAUGAUACCAUAAGCUUUUAAUGUAUUUGUUCUUUAUUGUUUUUAACACAAUGAACUAUUAAUUCUAUUCUCUCAUUCUCUGAUUACCAUUAUGUGCGAGCAAGUGUUUCCUCGAGUGGCAAUUUAAUUAGAUUUUAAUCGAACUAACCCAAAUAAAACGUUUUAUUUUCAUUUUGUUAUACGAACCAAACAAAGUUUAAAUAAAAAUGCACAAAAAUAUACAUUUUUUCAUACAAUGCAUAUUUAAUUAGUUAUUUUAAAACGUCACGUUCCAUGACUGACUCUGUAUAUAUGUCUAUAUAUUUAAGUAUGUAUGCGUGUAUGCGUAUAUAAAUAUAUAUACAUGUAUAUAUAAGUGAACAUAUAAAGAGAAGGAUAAAAGGAGGAAAAAGAAAAAAAUAAAUUUUGAAAGAGUAGGAGAAUCACCUGAGAGAAGUCACAAGGAAACAAAUUAAGAAAGUGAUUUGUUAUAUCGAAAAAAGCAUUCAAUUGAAUCAAGGAGAUGACAAAACAAGAUACUUUAAGUCGUAUUUUCUUGAAUGCCUGUGUUAUAUUAUUGUUUUUUAAAAAUGUUCGUACUUAUCCGCAAGUAGAAGUUGAUAAAUCGAUACAAAAUGGAAACAAAACAAUUUCUAUACUAAAUAGAAAGGAUCAAUCAUCAAUCUCUGAAACAAAUCGCACACAUAACCGCGAUGUAAAUUCAAGAGCUCGAUUAUUUCAAUAUGAUAAUCCAAAAUUACUUAAUCAAGCUAAUGAACAUGAACAUAUAGACGGUAAAUUUGUUUUUCCAACGGAAAAUAUACCAUAUACCGAUUCACUAUCAUAUAUAUCGUCACGAAUACUGGCACCAAUUUGUCAUGGAUCAACUUUUUGCGAAAGAAUACUCGAUUAUCCCGAAGAAAUAAUAAAUAAUGCUAUUCAGCAGAAUAGUAGUAUACAAUUUUUUGCCACUAUAGAUGUGAUACCCGAUGUUGGAAAGAGAAUCGGUGUACAUAAUACACCUCUUUGUCUAUCUACUGAACAUGUAAUUUAUCCAAGAUCAGCGGAAAGUAAGAGCAAGGAAUGGUUUGUAAUUGUAAAUCAAGACAAUUUUAAACAAGGAGUACGAAUCGAAACAUGCAGUAAUGAAAAUAGCCAGUGCAAUAUAAUGGACAAUCUUCCCGAAGGCUACAAUACAAUAUGCAAACAAAAAUACAUUUAUCGUCAAUUAGCUGCCGUUUCAAAAAAUGGUAAAAUUGAUGUAGAUAUGUUUCGUUUCCCAUCGAAUUGUUGUUGUCACGUUAAAUUUACCGGAGACCCAGCUACCAGAUUGGGAAUAUUUGGCGAUCAAAGAAAUAAACAAAAAACCGAUAUAAAUAAUCCUAAAAUACCGAUAUAAUAAUCCUAAAAAUAAAAGUAUUAAAGCACUACUUUGAUUUAUUAAAUUUAUAUGUGAAGUAUUUUAUUUUUUAAAAAUAAUGCUACAUAUUUUUAAAUAUAUAAUUAUUAUCAUUUUUAUUAGGUAAAUAAAAAAAAAAUCAAAAUGAAAUUAAUAUAUAAUAAAUUUUACGAUUAUUAACUUUAAAA